AUGGCUUUCUACAAUACAAGAAAAUACCUUACAAGCGUCAUUGCACUAGUAUUUGUAGCUGGAGCACUGCUAAACAAUGCGACAGCACAAGAUUGUGGCUGUGCUCAAGACCUAUGUUGUAGCCAAUAUGGCUAUUGCGGCACCGGCAACGAUUACUGCGGCCAGGGUUGUAAACAAGGUCCUUGUACUGGCAGCGGCGGCACACCAACCACACCGAGUGGUUCGUCAGUGGCUGAUAUAGUAACUGCAGCAUUCUUCAAUGGGAUCAUAAGCCAGGCUUCUUCAGACUGUGCCGGGAAGAACUUCUACUCUCGAGGGGGUUUUCUUGACGCUGUCAACUCAUAUUCUGACUUUGGUAGACUUGGUUCGGUUGACGACUCUAAACGCGAAAUUGCAGCUUUCUUUGCUCAUGUCACUCAUGAGACUGGCCAUUUUUGCUACAUUGAAGAGAUAAAUCGUGCAACCUACUGCGACACAACCCGAACAGACUAUCCAUGCAACCCCAACAAACAAUACUACGGGCGUGGACCACUCCAACUAACAUGGAACUACAAUUAUGGAGCUGCUGGAAACAGCAUUGGCUUUGACGGCCUAAACUCUCCUGAAACCGUGGCCUCAGACGCUGCUGUUGCAUUCAAGACAGCCUUGUGGUAUUGGAUGAACAAUGUUCGUCCCGUUGUAAGCCAAGGAUUUGGAGCCACGAUUCGAGCCAUUAAUGGUGCUGUGGAAUGCGAUGGUAAAGAACCUGGAAAAGUUCAAGCCCGGAUCAACUAUUACAAUGAUUAUUGCACCCAACUAAAUGUUAAUCCUGGCGGUAAUCUCUAUUGCUAG